GCAAUUGCAAGCAGUGCGAUGCCUUAUACUGCAAGGACUGCUUCGAGUCUGUGCACCAACACAGUCGCGCACUGAAGGCGCACGCCUUCAAGUACCUGAACGAGGGUGCCGGUGAUACACGCAAAUGCAUAGUCGUAGGCAAUGACGCCUUCGUCAUGCCCUACCAGAUGAACUGCAACGUCCACCUGAUGGUCUGCAACAUCUACUGCCGACGCUGCAAGGUGACCGUCUGCGGCAAGUGCGUGGACAAAUACCACGAGGAACACCAGCACCAACCGCUGUCGGAAAUAAAUCUCCGCUAUGAAUCCGAGAUACCGGCCUGCAAGAUCUCCCUGGAGUCUGCGCUGCGCAACAUUCACAACGGCCAGGCGCUGGUGCGCUCGGUCAGUGCGCAGCAGAGCGGCUAUGCUGCCGAUGCGCUGGCCGACAUACAGCUGCGCUAUGGCCAUCUGCAUGGACGCCUGCAAGUGUCCGAGCAGCGGCUCAUCGAGAAGCUGCGCGAGGCGAGCCUGCCGGGCCAAUUGGAGCUGCAGCAAGCGUUGGAUAUGCUGGAGGGCUAUGAGGAUGUCAUCAAGCAACUGCAGCAGCUGCUGUCAACGGGCAGUGAAGUGCCCAAGAACUUGAAGCUCAAGGAAUUGCUGCAGCUGGCGGGCGAGCAUUUGGAGAAAAUUCCAGUUGAUGUAAAAGUGAACAAGCAGAAUGGCAAUCCCUACAGUUUGUCCAGCACUCAGCUGGAGAACUGGGAACAUUUCCAGUGCGACUACAUGGAUCCGCGUAUUGUGGUGGAUUUUCGCAGCAAUUACGCGCCCCAAGGCGGCAGCUGCACGUCCAGCGAGAGUUCAUCAUUUGUCAGUGAGCCACGAGAGCGAGAUCAAAAUCGUAAACGAAACUUCCAUUGGCGUGAGAAUUUGGAGCGCACAUUCCUAGCCAUGGACAUAAGCACGAAUGAAAAGGUUUGGCCUGCGCCCAUCGAUUGGUUCAAGACGAAUGCUCUGGUGAGUGUUUUAUGCAUCAACUCGCCGGAGGACUUCUAUGUCCAAGGCGUCGAGGCGGCGCAGCAAUUGCGCGAGGCACUCGUCGCGUAUGCACAGACGCCCAGCUCCACGCCCACGCGGAUUGUGGCGGGUGAGCUUUACAUGGCCUACAGCAAGCAGGAGGAUCGCUAUCAUCGCGUGGUAGUCACUCGGCAACUGGCAGAUCAAGCAAACACCUACGAAGUCUUUCUGCCAGACAUUGGACUGACGAUGAAGCUGCACAGCAGCAACUUCCAUGAGCUGCCUUAUGGUUUGACGCUGCUUCCAUUUGCGGCGGUACACUGCUGCCUGAGCGAUCUGAAGCCACGCCAAUCGAAGUGGUGGAGUGCGCUGGAAACCGCACACUUUAAGAUGGUGCUGAAGAACCAACCUGUGAAUGUGAUCGUCACAUCCCAAAUGCAGCAUCAACGCCACGAAGUGCAUCUCAUCAACCCCGAGUCAAAGAUUUCGCUGCGCGAUUCCUUUCUGUACACGGGACUGGCGCGCAAUCGUAGCGGCGAUUGGGAGUCCCCAUGGGCCACGUCGGAGCAGCGCAUACCAAAGGCCAAGCAUGACGUUGGCGCUGUGCUGAUGAUACAAAUGCUGCAUGUCAAUCAUCCGCAGGAGUUCUAUGUGAUGCGGCACGACUACGAGGGCAAGCGCUCCGAGCUGGAGGACUCGCUGAAGAGCACCAUGGAUCGCAUGGAUCUCAGCAGUUUGCAGAACAUUUUUGUGGGGCAACUGGAAAUGGGUUGCGUGAUGCAGUUGGAGGAGCGUUGGGUGCGCGUUGCCAUCGAAAUGGUGCAGAACAAUGGCUUCGUGCUGGUGCGCCUUGUGGACUUUGGCUCCACACUGCAGGUGCCCUGGGAUCGGCUGUACGCACUGCCCAAGGCAUUCAUGCAGAAGCAGCGAGAACUCAGCAUCAAGUGCUGCCUGGCCGAUGUGGAGACGCUGCAGGCGAACGACUACGCGUGGACCCCGGAGGCCAUUGCUGCCUUCAAGCAGCUAACAUCGAACCCCAAGCUGCGCAUGGAGGUGAUCAGCGUGCAGCGGAAUGUGCAUCGUGUAACGCUGGACAUCGUACGCUCCGGCGUGGAGUCUGUCAGCGUUGGCGUCCAAAUGGUGGCGCUCGGGCACUGCGCCUCGAAUGGCGAGAGCAGCCAGAAGGCAGACACUGAGGCUCGCACACUGCCCCUCGAUGUGGACGCGCGCAAGCUCCUCGAACAGCAAAAGGGCUUGGAGAGCGAGUCCCAGUCGCAGUCGCAGUCCGAGAAGCAGAGCAAAAAGUAUGCGCACGUGGAGCUGCUGUGCGUGCAGCAUCCCGACGAGUUCUAUGUGAUGCUGCACAGCCAUAAGGCAGCUUUAAAGGAUCUGCAGGAUGCUGUGCAGCUAGACGCUGACAUUAGGUACGAUAGUAAUCCCAUCAAGAUCGAUUGGGAGGAGGGCGACAUGUGCUAUGCCAAGGUGCGGGCACAGGGCGACUUGGAGAAGCUCUGGUAUCGCGCCAUCGUGCUGCACGUCACCCUGCCGACCCUGGACAACAGUCUGCCGCUGUAUGAGGUGCAACUGCUUGAUCUGGGCGAAGUGGUGCGGCAUGUGGGGGCUGCUUGUAUGGCCUUGAUGUCCGGAGAGCACCAAAAGAUCGCUGCCAGUGCUCAGCGCUGUCAGAUGUACGGCCUACGACCCAAGAACGCAGAGUGGACAGCGGAUAAUGUUGAUUUCUUCAAGGAUCAGCUGCAGGCCUACGAUCAGCUGUAUGUCAUAAGCCAUGGACGCCAUGGACAGACGCAGCGCGUCGUCUUGUAUGGCUCACACACGGUGAGCAACGGGCCCUUUACGCCCUCGCGUACUCGCUAUGUCAACAUCAACGAGACACUCGUACUCGCCCGAGUGGCUGAGAAGAAUCCCGAUGUGGACUACCGGGACGACAAGGAUGAGGCAACAGACACGUCCACUGAGAAGGAACAGGCGGAGGAGCAAUCGCUUAUAGAUGAAAUCGAUGAUGUGACGAAUGUUACACCAGAAUCGUUCAAGUCGAAGCCGUCACACUUUGAGCACUGCGAAGGUAUGCCGCCCAUGAAACUUCUGCUGGAUCUGGGCCUAGCCAAAGCCACCACGGGACAGGUGAAGCCACCGCCAGCGUGGUUGAAGCCACGGCCAUGCGAGAAAUCUCUCUACACUGGCAGAGUCACAUAUGUGAAUUACGACUGUGCGCCGUACAUGAGUCUGGCCACCGAUAAGCCAUUCAUGGAGCACAUGUGCGCCGUGCUAAAGAAACAUUUCGGUCCGUUGAAGCAGCGUCGCUGUGCUACCACCACCUAUGCGGUGGGACAACCAGUGCUGGUCGUCUAUCAUCUGGACAAGCUGCUGUAUCGCGGCAUUGUGCAGCGUAAAAUGAACGAGAAUAGAAAGUAUCGCGUGUUCUUCGUGGACUAUGGCAACAGUGAGCUGGCCACAGCGCAGGAGCUGCUGCCAUUUGCGCCAUUUCCACAACUGAAUGCACUCUGCUGGCUGGUGAAGAUAGACGGCGUGCGGCCGAAGCGUGGCAGGUACACCAUCAAGGAGCUGGACACCGUGCACAUGAUGCUCGUCAUGAAAGUGUGCAGCGUGAGCGUAAUGGAUUACUGUGGCCCCAAAAGGAUUCCAUCGUGCGCAAUUAAAGUUGAUGCCGCGGACAUAGCCACCAUGAUGAUGCACAGCGGCAUGGCGGUGCCUGUUAAUUCCAAACUGAAUAAGCAAAAGAUCAGCUCCACACCCAAACAAACUUUGGAUGAGUCCAAAGGGUUUGUCGAGCUGCAGACACUGGCUGUGGGUGGUGCCAAAAAGGAGAGGCAGUUUGUGGGUGAUGAAAACAAUUUAACGGCUCUGUCGUCGCCGCCGCUUAAAAAGAAGUUUAAAGUUAAGCAAAAUAAUGCACAGGGACACGAUCAGGAUAUGGACUGCGGUGAUGUCGCAGACAUGAUCCUUGAUGACGAUAGCAGUGUCUCAAUGGAACUGGAGAAUGCAGACACCGACGAGGGCAUUGCCAAUAAGGAUGAUGAGGGGAGGCCAGAUUUUUCCGUGUGCAAGGAACAAUUGAUGCACCGCAUAAGCCUCUCCCAACAGAAAAAAAAGGACCACGCUCCCUUUAUGCCAUUGGACACAUCCACAGUUCGUUCUCUGUAUGCCGGCAUGGACUCGUUCAAGUCGCAAAUUUUGCCGUCUGGUUUAUGCAAUUUCAAGUGCUCCAUCGGCUGCCUAAUCUCAGCGACUGAACUACAAAUUUCGCCCGAUCUCUGGGAGUUUACAAAGCGAGACAUUGGCCUGAUGCAAGAAAUAAGCGCCUUGGUGCAUAAAGCGGCGCCGCUGCUGCCGAUGUUGGAUGAUUUGUGUUUGGCGCGUUACUCCAAGGAUAGGCUGUGGUACCGUGCUAUCAUCAGAGAAGUACACAUGGCCACCAAGCAAGCUACCGUGUACUACGUGGACUUCCAUGACACCGAAACGGUGGACUAUGCCCACCUGAAGGUGAUGCCCGAGCAACUGAUGGCCUUCCCAUUGCGUUCCCUGUGCGUCAAGCUGCACGGGGUGAAGCGGAACAAGAAAUUCGGGUACAAGACCGUUUAUCAGGCACUGGAAGCUUGCCUCGACAAGCAUCCCGAAGUCUUUGCCAGAGUUCAUUGCACCAACUCCAACUAUUCUGGCAGCAAGGAUGACCGCAUCGAUUCUGUUGACUCAUCCAGCGAUUCCAUUUGGACUGGGCACAAGCUCAUCGAAGUUGCACUUUACGAGCGUCCAACCUCGACAAAGCCACUCUAUGAGCCAUUAAUUGAAAAUUGGAUGUUCCUAAAGAAGUGAAAAUAAGCCACCAAAAAAAUAAUUAUAAAACUCCCUAACCUUUCCCUCACGCAUUUUGAAUAUGCGCCAUUAUUUAAUUUUAUUUUUAAAAACAAUAUAAUUAAACUACAUAAUGGAAUAUGUAGCCCAGUUUUUAGUUUCCAGAAUUAUCUAUAUCUAUCUA